CAAAUUACACUGCGUAGAUAUAAUGAUUGAUUUUUUUUUUCAUCACGCAAAACCUUAAAGUACUCUCGUACUUGCAAUUCCCCCUUACCUCCUUCUCUCUCUCUCUCUCUCGCUCUCUCUCUCUCAUUGUCAUAUCCUUUUAGCUACAUCAAAUAGUUUCCACAGUUUCCACAUCAAACCCAUAAUCAUCACGCCUCUUUCAGCCCACUCCAUUCCCCCCUCUCUUUUUCUCUACAGUUUCUCUGCUGUACUAAAGCAGCCAUCUCUCUCUGUCUCUCGAAUGUCCAUAAACCCACUUUGAGUAGCAACAAUCAAACGACAACAACAUCAACAAAGAAAAAAAAAUACAAAAGCAAAAACGAAAAAAAGAUCCUUCAUGGAACCAACCCAAAACUCCCCUUCUUCAAAGCUUCACCAGCCUUCAAUUCCCCUUGAAAACUCCCCCUGGACCUCACAUUUCUACCCUCAUCAAUCUUGGAUAAACUCCUACAACAAUCCCCAAGACCACCCUCUCCAUCCCUCCAUGUUCUUCCCCUCAAACCACCCUUCCCGCAACUUCAACCUUAACCAAGACGAAGACGAAGAACUCGACGACCAAACCUCCAUUGACAACACCGAAAACCCUAACCAAAACCCUCAUGAAAACCCAUUAGACCACGAAAGAGAACCCAUGUUUGAAAAACCCUUGACCCCGAGUGACGUUGGCAAGCUGAACAGGCUUGUUAUCCCCAAACAACAUGCAGAGAAAUACUUCCCACUCGGCGGUGACUCGGGUGAUAAAGGGUUGCUACUGAGUUUCGAAGAUGAGUCGGGCAAGUGUUGGCGUUUCCGUUACUCGUAUUGGAACAGCAGCCAAAGCUACGUGUUGACAAAAGGGUGGAGCAGAUACGUCAAGGAGAAGCAACUUGAUGCUGGUGACAUUAUUUUAUUCGAACGACACCGUACGGAUGGUGAUAGGUUGUUUAUAGGGUGGAGGAGGCGCGGUGCAGCAGUGGCAGUUGCGGCGGCAGCGGAUGGUGGCAACGCCGCCAUGGGGAAUAGCGGUGUUGGCGGUGGCAAUGAAGGGUGGGGUAGGGGAUUGCAUCAAGGGCAUCCUUAUCUUGGGCACAUUCAAGGCCAUGGGGCUAAUGUUCCAUACCAACCUGACUGUCUUCAUGCAGGAAGCAUUGCUCAAAAUCAAGCACCGGCUGGGAACCCAAAGAGGCUGCUGCGGCUAUUUGGGGUGAACCUAGAGUGCCAGCUCGAUGAGUCCGAGCCAUCCACGCCUGAUAGCUCGUCGGUGUCAAGCCAGGGUCCAACCCACCAGUCCUAUAAUUCAAACUACAUGGACAUCACUUUCUCCCGAGAUAUCAACCAUAUGAGAAAUCAUCGAGGAUAAGAUCUGAAGAUGUGACAUCCAGGAUUUGACUUAACUGAACCCCACUUGGAAGGUCAAAAGAAAGUUUUAGUAUUAGAAAGAAGAGUAACAGUAUUUUCUUUUCUUUUUACUUUUAUUUUUCUUGGAAGACGAAGAAGUUAAAAAAAAAAAAUUCCCCUGGAAUUAGGCAACUUUUCAAGGCAGGGAAAGCGAGAGGGGCAGCAAAUUGGACAGGAGGGAUGGGGAGGGAUUGGGGGCCCAGGCAAAGAGGAGUGGGGCUAGGGUGGUGAUGUAAGCAAAUGCCAAAUGGGGAAAACUGGGUCGUUUUGGAAUCUACUUGCGGGACUGUUGAGAUUCUGUCUGAAGAUUUUUCAUAGACUAAUAAUCAUAAUAAUGGAAGGGUGUGGUGGUGGUGGUGGUGGGUGGGGGUUCUUGGAUUGAUGGAUGACAGCCAUGUAGAACCAGCAAGCCCACUCCUCUCUCUCUCUCUCUCUCUCCUAGUAUCUAAGUCCCAUAUAGAUGUAAGCCAAAGCUGUUUUUUGAUGCUCUACUACUGCAAGUUGCAGAUAUGAAGCUUUAGAAUUAGAUAGCA